AUGAUACAGCUUAUAGGUGCAAAUUCUGGAUCCUUGCAGACAAUUUUUAAGCAAACUUCAGAAUCUGCCUCGGAUUGUAUAAGAACAAAUUAUUAUGGGACGAAGCAAAUGAGCAAAGAACUAGUUCCACUUCUUCAAUUAUCCAAUUCAGCAAGAAUAAUAAAUGUCUCCUCCUCCUUCGGACAGCUAAAGCAUAUCCCAAAUGAGAAUGCAAGGAAGGAGCUAGGAGAUGUAGAUGGCCUCACAGAAGAGAAAGUGGACAAGGUGGUGAAAGGGUUCUUAGAAGAUGUGAAGGAGAAUUUGAUACAAGUCAAAGGUUGGCCUGCAAAUAUUUCUGCUUAUAUUGUCUCCAAGGCAGCUCUGAAUGCUUAUACAAGGAUUCUUGCUAAGAAGUACCCCAACAUUGCCAUUAACUCAGUUUGUCCUGGCUAUGUCAAGACGAAUAUUAAUCAAAACACUGGGGUCUUGACUAUUGAAGAAGGAGCAAAAGGUCCUGUCAUGCUGGCUUUGAUGCCUGAUGGUGGACAUUCCGGCCUAUUCUUUGAUAGGACGGAAGUGUCAACCUUUUUGUGA